CACGAGCGUCAAAACAUGAAGUCAUAUGACAUCUUUGCUUGUGAUCAAUAUUCUGGUGCAGGUAAAUUAGAUCGAGACGAAAAUGUGUUUUGCGGAAGUCAUUGUGGAUUCUGCGUAGAGGGAGCCAAGUCUUGUAUUUUAUUAGAGUAGGCGGGCGUAUAUUUUAAUUAAUUUUGGCGCUGUGAAACUUCUUGGCCAUUUGUGACAGGCGUGGGCCUGUUCUCUUAAGAUGGAAAGCAAUUACGGGUUUUCAUCCUAUCAUAAUGGAGGGCCAACAAGAGAGAAAGAUUUCCAAAAGCUGGCACAGACAAUUGGCACCAACAUACAAAAGAUAUCAAAAAAUGUGUCAUCCAUGCAGAAGAUGGUUAACCAACUGGGGACGCCUCAGGAUUCUCAGGAUUUACGCAACCAGUUACAUCAGAUACAACAUUACACGAGGCACCUUGCUAAAGACACUAGUUCAAAUUUAAAGGAACUUGCAGGUUUACCAGCUCCAGCUCUAUCAUCUGAACAGAGGCAAUGGAAGAUGCAAAAGGAACGCCUGUCAGAUGAAUUCACUACAGCUCUUAACAAGUUUCAAGAAACACAGAGAACUGCUGCUCAAAAGGAAAAGGAGCAGGUGCAGAGGGUUCGUGCGAAUUCUGGUCUUGCAGAUCCAUUUGGAGAAGGUCGCUUUUCUGGUCAGUUGAUAGAAUUACAAGAUAGUUCGGAAAGGCAACAAGCCCAACUCCAAGAAGAAAGAAAUCUGCAGCUUAUAGAAGAACAGGAACAGGCCAUUCGUCAGCUGGAGAGUGAUAUACUGGAUGUAAACCAGAUUUUUAAGGAUCUUGGAGCUCUUGUACAUGAUCAAGGGGAAGUUAUAGACAGCAUUGAAGCAAGUGUUGAAAAGACUGAAAUUUCGGUUGGGUCAGGAACAGAACAGCUUCGUCAGGCUGCCACGUAUCAGAAUAAAGUUCGAACGAAGAAAUGCAUCCUUUGUAUAUGUUUAAUUGUAGUUUUGGCUGUCAUUAUUGGAAUAAUUGCAUGGCAGACAUCAUGAUAAUGAGUAGCAAACGUCGAAGGAAGAAAGCUUUCAUAGCUUUUGUUAUUGGUCUGGUAAUUUUGCUUAUUGCUCUCAUUAUCUGGCUGAAAAGUUAAGAGUGCACUGUUGAGCUUGAAAAUAAUUCCAGUAAUUUGAUUUAUGCUCUGUCCUUGGUAUUUUAAGUGAAUUAUCGCUUCUUGUUUCAUCCUUUAUUUAUAACUUCCUUGGUUUUAUAAGUAUUGUACUCAUAAUCUUUUCUUUACAUGAGGAGCAGCUGAGUUUCAAUAUCUUCAUCUUUACCUUCCAAGCCAACUAAAGUAUAAUUGACAAUUCCUGUUGAUGUUAUGAUUUAGAGAGUUUAAAAUCACACAUGUUGGCAAAAAUUGAGGUAUAAUAUUUGUAUAUUGUGAAGAUCUAUUUAAAUAUUAUGAAGAUGUUUUUACUCAUGAUUUUAUACCAGUGAUGUAAUAUAUAUAUAUAUAUAUAUAUUAAAAGAAAUCAGUCAUAUUAUGUACCUGUGAUUGAUGGUAUGCUUAAUGCAUAACGGUGGUAUAACUUUGGGAUAGUUCAUUCUUUAAGUAAAAUACAGAUGUACAGCAUCUAAUGUAAAGUUUAUUUUCUCUGUAUAGUUUGUACACAAUGUCUGUUAUCUUUAGUUGUACACAAUGUCUGUCAUCUUCAGUCACUACUUUAUAUCUAUAUAUCUUUCUUGCUUAGAGCAAAGCCCAGUUCUGUAAAUGAGUGAAACUGUUGGAAUAAUUUUUCCCUGGAAGAACAGGGCACUUUGCACCUAACUAUUGAGAGCACAGAAAUAUUCCAUAGCUGAAACAGUCGUGAAGCAUCUACCAAAUUUAUAUAAAGCUCCACUCAUAUUUCACUUCAGUCAUUUGGCAUGACUGGCUUUGACAAGUGCUUACUUUCUCGUUAAGUAUACUGAAAAUGUUUUUUUCUGUCUUUUUAAAUGCCAUUGUUUUCAAGUUAGCUCACAAAGAACAGUAGCACUUAGAAAAAAGUGUUACAAAGAAUGCUGUAAAGAUGACACUGUGCUGUCAAAAUAUGUUUACAAAUAAAAUACUUGUUUGCAAUUUAUCUGGUCGUUCACUGAACUUGUGUGUGAUCUCUCUGCUGUGUUUAUUUAAGUUGAUAGGUAAGACACAGUUACUCAUUUUUAUUUGUGGGAACUAAGAGGCAAUUGGAAAGCCACUGAAUUACAAUGCAAUCUAAUUACUACAUGCAGUAAAAACAGUAAGGAUACCAUACAUGAUACAACAUUGUUAUGAGGCGAUUUACAUAACAAGUACAGAUUGUACUAGACCUGUAGCACCAGAGAUCUGUAACUAAAAGUAUCCCACAGCAAAAAACUUAAUUUACAGUGCAAGAAAAGCAACAAAGUGUAGCACAUUUUGUACUGGGUCUCUGAAAUAAAACCCACAUAGCUCUGUUUCAUGGAUUUAAAUAUUUAAUUUGCAAACAUCAACUUUAAUUUAUGUUAUGAAGUAAAUAUUAAUAGUUUCCUUCAGGUGGACUGACUCUUCGCUCGAUUGUAAUUUUUUAUUUAAGGUUAAAAUUUGUGACUCAAAGCUAAAAAGAAACUUUGUUGGUCACUUUAUAGUCACAUAUGUUGUGACUUUGUGCAGUUGAUAACUCUCUUCUUCAUUGUAGCAUUUUUUAUUUGUAAAUAUGUUCUUAUAUCAGGUUAAUUUGUAUACCCUGUUGUAAGUAAUAAUCCAUUCAUGUGAAAACUUUUCCUUGAUGUGACUUUACAUUUGAGAAUUGUGGUCCAGGCUGACAAGUUUCAUGUAUGCCAGUUGGGCCAAUAGAUUGUCUGUUUCAAGAGUUUAAUGUUGUAAAUUAAUUUUUUUGAAGUUACAUGUGUGCAGAGAGUGUUAGUAUCACAAAAUUUGCAAAAUGGUUAUUACAGCAAAUUUUCCACUUAAUUGUGAUAGCAAAUUAUAAAUGUACUACAGGAUUUGCACACACAUAUAAGACUUUAAAGUAUUAUUUUUGGAUAUGUGCUGUCAACUAGACCUAGCGUCCAAAUGAAUAUUGACAAAAUGUAUGGAAAAUCUUUUGUCUUUCAUUUAGUGUUCAGUUCAUUCUAAAGUACGUUAUAUUGUAAAUGUCUAUAUCAGUAAACUUAUUUUGUUAAA